AUGUCCACCCUGCGCUCCUCCGCCUCCCCAAGCAGUGUGACCUCGUCUCCACCAAAAGGCGGACCCUCUGCCGCCCUGCCUGCUGAUGAGAGGGUCAGGGAGCAGGCAUCCCAGGCGUAUAGUGACUCUUUAUCAUCUGAUGAAAGCAGUGACUUUGAAGCCAACUUGAGUCACAAUGUGAAGAGGAAGAGAGCAGCAAAACGACCACUCAGAACAAGUCCAGUAGCAAAACAUCCAAAGAAGGGGUCCCGAAUGGCACGAGGUCACCACCAGAAAGAGUCAGAGCCACCAUCCAAUGAUCUCUUUGGUGCUGUGAAAGCUGCCAAAAGUGACAUGCAGUCUUUGGUGGAUGAGUGGCUGGAUAGCUACAAGCAAGACCAGGAUACAGGAUUCUUGGAGCUCAUUAACUUUUUCAUUCGAUCUUGUGGCUGUAAAGGCAUUGUUACACUUGAGAUGUUCAAGAAGAUGUCCAACUCUGAGAUCAUCCGACACCUAACAGAACAGUUUAACGAGGACUCGGGGGACUAUCCCUUGACAACUCCAGGUCCCUCCUGGAAGAAGUUCCAGGGCAACUUCUGUGAGUUUGUGAGAACACUGGUCUACCAGUGCCAGUACAGCCUGCUCUAUGACGGCUUCCCUAUGGACAACCUCAUCUCCCUGCUCACUGGCCUCUCGGACUCUCAAGUCCGUGCCUUCCGUCAUACGAGCACCCUGGCUGCCAUGACGCUGAUGACCUCCUUGGUAAAAGUUGCCCUGCAACUGAGUCUGCACAAAGACAACAAUCAGCGACAGUAUGAGGCUGAACGAAGCAAAGGGCCAGGACAGAGAGCACCAGAGCGGCUGGAGAGCCUGCUGGAGAAACGCAAAGAGCUCCAAGAGCAUCAAGAAGACAUUGAGGGAAUGAUGAAUGCCCUCUUCAGAGGUGUCUUUGUACAUCGGUACCGGGAUGUGCUUCCUGAAAUCCGUGCUAUCUGCAUCGAGGAGAUUGGGUCUUGGAUGCAAAGCUACAGUACCUCUUUCCUUACUGACAGCUAUUUAAAAUACAUUGGCUGGACCCUGCAUGAUAAGCAUCGAGAAGUCCGUCUAAAGUGCCUGAAGGCUCUCAAAGGGCUGUAUAGCAACCGAGAUCUGACUGCGCGCCUGGAGCUCUUCACCAGCCGCUUCAAGGACCGGAUGGUAUCCAUGGUUAUGGACAAAGAGUAUGAUGUGGCAGUGGAGGCUGUCAGACUAUUAACACUUCUCCUUCAGAACAUGGAAGGGGUGCUGACAGACACAGACUGUGAAAGCGUCUACCCUGUGGUGUAUGCUUCCAAUCGAGCGCUGGCCUCUGCUGCAGGAGAGUUUCUUUACUGGAAGUUCUUCUUCCCUGAAUGUGGGACAAGAGUAGUGAGUGGAAGAGAACGACACCGAAGCCCAGGCUCCCAGAGGACUUUCUUUCAGCUCCUGCUAUCCUUCUUUGUGGAGAGUGAGCUCCAUAACCACGCUGCUUACUUAGUAGAUAGCCUGUGGGACUGUGCAGGGUCUCAGCUGAAGGAUUGGGAGAGUCUGACAAGCCUGCUGCUGGAGAAGGAUCAGAACCUGGGUGACAUCCAGGAGAGCACACUGAUAGAAAUCCUGGUGUCCAGUGUCCGGCAAGCUUCAGAGGCUCACCCACCUAUUGGCCGGGUCACUGGGAGGAAGGGGUUAACUGCCAAAGAACGGAAGAUCCAAGCUGAGGACAAGGUGAAACUGACUGAGCACCUCAUCCCCUUGCUUCCCCAGCUCCUGGCCAAGUUCUCAGCGGAUGCCGAGAAGGCUGCUCCCCUGCUGCAGCUUCUCAGCUACUUUGACCUCAGCAUCUACUGCACCAGACGCCUGGAGAAGCACCUGGAGUUGCUCUUGCAACAGCUCCAGGAAGUGGUGGUGAAGCACACUGAGCCAGCUGUCCUGGAGGCUGGAGCUCGCGCCCUCUGUCAGCUCUAUAAGCCUGAGUUCACUUUCUUCAGCCGGGUGGACUUUGCUCGCAGUCAGCUGGUGGAUCUGCUGACCGACCGCUUCCAACAGGAACUUGAAGAGCUACUACAGUCUUCCUUCCUAGAUGAGGACGAGGUCUAUAGUCUGGCCGCCACUCUAAAGCGCCUCUCUGCCUUCUACAACGCUCAUGACUUGACUCGCUGGGAGCUCUAUGAGCCAUGCUACCGACUCCUCCGGAAGGCUGUGGAUACAGGAGAGGUUCCUUGCCAGGUGGUCCUUCCAGCCUUGACUCUAGUCUAUUUUUCCAUCCUCUGGACACUAAACCACGUUUCUGGAUCAGAUGCUCCUGAGAAACAGCUAUUGAGUUUGAAGGAGAGAUUGGUGGGCUUUUGUGAGCUCUGCCAGAGCUGCCUCUCAGAUGUGGACCCUGAGAUCCAAGAGCAGGCUUUCAUCUUAUUAAGUGAUCUGCUUCUCAUCUUCAGCCCUCACAUGACUGUAGGGGGAUACGAUUUCCUUAGGCCACUAGUCUUUUUCCCUGAUGCCACUCUCCAGUCUGAGCUAGCCAGCUUCCUCAUGGACCAUGUCUUCAUCCAGCCUGGGGACCUGGGCUGUGGUGAUUCCCAGGAGGAUCAUUUACAGAUAGAGCGGCUCCAUCAGCGGCGCCGCCUCCUGGCUGGAUUCUGCAAGCUGUUGCUGUUUGGGGUACUGGAGAUGGAUGCAGCCUCAGAUGUUUUCAAACACUACAACAAGUUCUAUAAUGACUAUGGUGACAUCAUCAAGGAAACACUAACGAGAGCAAGACAGAUUGACCGAAGUCACUGUUGCCGAAUUCUGCUGCUAAGCCUCAAACAGUUGUAUACAGAACUGCUGCAGGAACAAGGACCCCAAGGCCUGAGUGAGCUUCCAGCCUUCAUUGAGAUGAGGGACUUGGCCCGGAGGUUUGCCUUGAGCUUUGGACCCCAGCAGCUACAGAACCGUGAUCUUGUGGUCAUGCUACACAAGGAAGGCAUCAAGUUCUCCUUGUCUGAGCUUCCUCCAGCUGGCUCCUCCAGUCAGCCUGCAAACCUGGCAUUCCUGGAGCUCCUUUCAGAAUUUUCCCCGCGACUCUUCCAUCAGGACAAGCAGCUACUCCUGUCGUACCUAGAAAAGUGCCUACAGAGUGUCCCCCAAGCAGCUGGCAAUCCCUGGGCUCCAGUCACCACUUACUGCCACUCCCUCAGCCCUCUAGAGAACACAGCUGAGGCUAGACCUCAGAUCUACUCCCGCUCCAAGAAGAGGCGCGCUGAAGGCCUCUCCAGGCUGAAAGGCGAGGAUACCUCCUCCUCCCAAGAUGAAAGCCUCCAGCUGAGCAGCCUCCCACCCACGCCUCCCCUCACCUCUACAGCUGUGAAGAGUAGGCUGCCCCUGAGGGCAUUAGAAGAGGUGGAAGAAGAAGAGAGCUCAGAAUUGGAGUUGGCUCAAGGCCCACCCUUUUCAGAGUCCCAACGGCCUAGGUGCACAGGGCCACAGCAUUUCCACUCUCCACUCAGUUCCUCAGGUGCUGGUCUGGACAAUCAGCUGACCCGACUCCGCCUAAUGGAAGAGGAAGAAGAUGACGUACUAGCAAUUCAGGAUAACUCCAGUGAAGAAUGGCAAGUUACAGACAAGCAGCCAAGUAGCUACUCAUCUCCUGGUGAACACCGGCUGGACCUCUUAGAUUCUACAGAGCUGAAUAUUGAGGAUUUCUGA